AUGGAGCCUUCCUAUCCCUCCGGCGGAGGAAGGCAGCCGCCGCUGCCGUCGCCGCCCAAGAAGGAGCUCCCCCUCCAGGGCCCCCGGCCCUCCCCGCUCCGGGUCGCCAAGCAGUCCCACGCCGUCCAGAAGCCGCCCCGCCCUCACCAGCUGCCCCACCCGGCGGCCUCAUCCUCGUGGGCCCCUCGCCCGACCCAACUGCCGGCGGGGGCGGCGGCGGUGGGGGGGGGGGGCGGACCAGCAGAAGCCCACGAUCAUCUUCGACAUCUCGCCGAAGGUCAUCCACGUCGAGGAGCGGAACUUCAUGUCCAUCGUCCAGCAGCUCACGGGUCCUCCUCCACCUCCUCCGGGUACGUGUCCCCGGCGGCCAGAGUGGCGGCGAUAGAGCGGACCAGCCCGACGGGCAGGGAAAAGGGCUUUGCCGCCGCCGCCGCGGAGAUGGGCGGGCCGUCGGCGGUGGCCGGCGACGACGAGCUGAUGUGUAUGUUGGGAGACGUCCAGCUGGCCCAGAGUCAGGGGAUACUGACGCCGGCGGCCCCGCCGGCGAUAUCCGCGGGUUUCUUCUCGCCGGCGACGGAGCCCCACAUGUUGCAAGACUUGAGCCCGUUCUGGCCCAGGAACCACAGCUACAACAGCCCGUCGGCGUCGACCCUGUUCAUGGGCGGGCCUUCGGCGGUGGCCGGCGACGACGGGCUGAUGAUACUGACGCCGGCUGCCCCGCCGGCGAUAUCCGCGGAUUUCUUCUCGCCGGCGACGGAGCCCCACAUGUUGCAAGACUUGAGCUCGUUCUGGCCCAGGAACCACAGCUACAACAGCCCGUCGGCGUCGACCCUGUUCAUGGGCGGGCCGUCGGCGGUGGCCGGCGACGACGGGCUGAUGAUACUGACGCCGGCGGUCCCGCCGGCGACGGAGCCCCACAUGUUGCAAGACUUGAGCCCGUUCUGGCCCCCGAACAAUAGCUACAGCCCGUCGGCGUCGACCCUGUUCACGGCCUUCUCUCCCUCGCCGACCGCAUCCAGCAUGGAGAAUAUGAAAGAUGAAGCUGGACAGCGAACAGUAGACAUGAGAGCCUCGGAUAGGAAUUACGCAAUUGCAGCUGUUCAGAAUUUGGUUGGAAUUGAUGAUCGUGCCAAACAAAUCACCGACUUACUGGAGAUGGAAGAGGUCGAAGAAACCACACAAAGUUCUGGUGGAAUGCAGUUUUUGCAAAAUAAGUUGAUACGUGAUAUCCUUGAACGAAAUCAUGAAGAUCCUUCUUUUGAUGAAACAAUAAAAGAUUUCGUGGAUAUAUUUUGUGAAAUGAAAGUUCUAAUAGUUGUCGAUGCCGUGGAAAAGCCAUCCGAUCUUCAUGCUAUUGUAGGAGACCAGCUUCAUUGGUUUGGUCCAGGUAGUCGAGUAAUUGUGACUUCUCAAAAUGAGGAAAUUCUCGAAGGGUAUGAUUCCGACAAGGCUCCCACCUACAAGGUUAGUGAGUUGGAUGAUGGUCAAGCUUUUGAACUUUUCUGCAAGCAUGCAUUCAGGAUGCAAUCUUCCAUGCCUGAUUAUGAUGGACUCUCAAACUGCAUUGUCGAUGCUACAAAGAAACUACCAUUAGCAGUUGAAGUCAUCGGUUCAUUUUUGCGGGGUAAAUCAAUACAAGAAUGGGAAAAGAUGGAGAAGGCAAUGAAAGCACGUCUGAUGAGUUCUCAAAAGACUAUGGUUGGCCUUCAAGAGCUAUUGGAUAUAUGUUACGGAGAACUGGAUCAUCGGCAAAAGAUAUAUAUCUGGACAUUGCAUGUUUUAUCUCUGGUGUGGAUGCCCGAAUUGCUUCAUAUAUGUGGCCCAAUUGUUACCUUCCAUCUUCUGGUUGCAUUCUAAUGCCCCUGGCAAAAAUUGGAGAAAACAAUGAACUGCAGAUGCACAGAUUGCUGAGAUGCUUUGGCAAAAGAAUUUUUAAGCAAGAGGGAUCUGGAGAUCCAAGUUCACGUAGAUUUUUCACACAGGAUAUGAUUCGAAAAGCAAUGAACAGGGAGAAGGUAAAAACUUUUGGUUCAGUUUGUCUUCGGCAAACAAACAUCUUGACAUAUGGGCUGCAUUUUUCUUUUUAUGUCACAUUUUCUGAGGGAAUAAUAUCAUGUGUGUACUCUUUAGCAUGUAGGGCAAGGAAAGCAUCCUUUUUUCUGAUUGGUAUUUUGUUUUACAGCUUCUGAUGAUUAUGUUACUUAUUUUAUAUGUAGGGAAUCGAAAACGUUGAAGCUCGUGAUUCAUGCAUAUUAACAGCUGUAAAUUUUGCGUUCAUGCCAGCCAUAAGUUUUCUCAAGUUGGAUGGUGCAGAAGUUUCUGGAGAUUUUGCAGGUGUAUUUCCGAGUUUAAGGUGGCUUUGUUGGCAAAGGUUUCCUCUGGAUUUUAGAGCAGAAAAUUUUGUAUUAAGAGAGUUAGUUAUUCUUGAUCUGUCUUGGAGCAAAGUCACGGAAGAAUGGGGAGGUUGGAGUAAAAUCAAGAUGAAGAAAUUGAAAGUCUUGAAUCUUACCGGGUGUUCUGACUUACUGUUCACUCCUGACUUCUCUGAUUACAAAGAUUUGGAAAUCCUGAUUCUUGAACGAUGUUCUCAUUUGGUGAAGCUAGAUCCUUCAAUUGGCAAUUUGAAACAUUUAGUUUACCUGAAUUUGAAGUUCUGCUCCCAAUUGAACUGGUUGCCAGUGGAACUAGGUUGUACGACAGCUCUGAAAGAGCUUUUUAUUGACGGGACUUCUGUACGGCAGAUCCCCAUCUCCAUAGGCAAUUUGAAGCAACUCGAAAUUCUCAGUGGCUUAAAUUGCUUCCCAUUGACUCACCUGCCCAGUUCAAUUUGUUAUCUGACUGUUCUCUCUGAAUUCUCAUUAGAAGGUGCCAAAAUUUCUAAGCUCCCGAGCUCACUGGGAAAGCUGCAAAAGCUAAGACGCUUGUCAUUGAGGGAUUGCCGUUGUUUGGAGAAACUUCCAUAUUCCAUCGGUGAAAUUGGGUCAUUAGAGGAGUUGGAUAUAUCGGCGACUAGUGUCUCUGAACUCCCAGAUUCAGUAGGAAAUCUGAAAAGCUUGAAAGUGCUGAGAAUGGACUCAUCUUUCAUUCGAGCAUUUCCUGGGCAGAUUGGGUAUCUAACCAAGCUCGAAGAACUACAUGCGUCCUGGUGUUGGAGUUUGAAGGGGGCCAUUCCCCAUGAUAUUAAGGGACUACAUUGUCUGAGAUCAUUGACGCUGGGCCAUUCCAGUAUAUCUAGCCUACCCCCUGCAAUCUCCACCAUCGGUGGUCUUCACACCCUGGAUUUAAUUCAGUGCGAUGAAAUUGAAGAGUUGCCGAAGCUUCCCCCGUCUCUAAUUUGUCUGCGUGUGAGUUCUGAAAGGAUGAAAGCGAUACCCCUUCUUGAAGAUUUGAAGGAGUUGGAGGAGCUGUGCCUAAGUGAUGGGGACUGGGAGGCACGCCGACCUCCCUCCAAACUGCCAAUGCCAGAAUCCAACGUGAAACGAAUGAUUGACAAACAAUCCUUCUUGAUAUCUUUUCCCAGACUGAGGAAACUAGAACUUUCUCUUUCGCAAGUUAUCAAGCUGAAGUUUGGGCCUACGGAUAUUCCUCCCCUCAAAAGGCUCAAAAUGCUUACCCCCCCUGGUUUGAGCUGUAGAGAUGUAUCUGAGCUUCCCAAGAAGCUGUUAUCGUUCAAGCUCUACCACUCUGCGAUAGAAGAGAUUGAAGGGCUUGAAGGGCUUGAAGCCCUGAAGAGGCUAGAUAUAUCAAACUGCAAAAUACAAAAUCUCAAUGGGAUUGGCCAGAUAACCUCACUGAGGAGUUUGAUUCUAUCUGACUGUGAUGACCUCAGUUUACCUGAUCUAUCAAACUUGAAGUCGCUGAAAGUUUUAGAGAUCAUUCGAUGCAAAAAGAUCAGUCAAAUUGAAGGCCUAGAAAAAUUAACAUCUUUGGAAAAGCUGAAUAUCAGUGAAUGUCCGGCUGAGAAGUCGGCGCAAGUACAGGAUGCAUUGAAGUAUGUAAUGGCUCGUUUUCCAAAUACGUGAUGCUGGAUUCUCCUCAGUUCUAACUGAUAUCUGUGCAUGGCCAUCCACCUUGUUAAGGGAAGCUAGGGGAGCAGGCGAAUUAGGCAAAUUCGUUGGAGUCAAUUUCAAGCUUGAUUCUAUUGAAUUCCCCCUGAAGACAAGUUGAGGCCAAAAUCAACCGCCGUGAGCAAAAAGCAGCCCCUCCAGGUGAGCACAUCGGUCUCUUCCGAAAGGAAAGUUGUGCACCAGUUGAUUUUCUCCUUAAAAAAUUCAGCUGGAAAAAUCUGUAACGCCUCAAGUGUAUGCUACUUUCUGGCAGAUUUGUCACUUGGAAUAUUGGGUCACUUUGAUGUUUGGAGUUCUCAUUCUUUCUUUACCUAUGGUUUAUGACGUUAUGCCUUUAGUUGAUUUGUCAAAUUUUUAGUUACCAUGUGUCUCCUCACUUCUAGAUCAAGUUUAUGAAUUCCGCUGCCAAAUCGAUGCUGUCGUAGGCUUAUCUGAAAGGGAAGGAUGUUUUGCAUCUUUUGACAUGAGUGACGUGGUUAAUUUUUACAUUUAUUUUUCA